CUGCAAGUGGUUUCACUUCACAUUUGCUGAUUCAUGCUCCGGAGCUGAAGGGGCGGUAAUGCACCAAUUAGAUGGACGAAACCCGCAGCUGAACGUGAAAGAAGAAGAAAAGAAGCCGCUUCUCUCAAAAGUUCACGCAUAUGUUUGUUCGUUUUGAACGUUUCACAACUUGUUGUUUUAAUAAGUGAGCUUUAUUUACAAUUGAAGACAUGCAUUCAGCCCACCAAGAAGAACAGAAAUGUAUAAAGACAGAGUUUAUUGAAGAUUACAGUGAGAACAGGAGUGAUUCAGAACCCUUCAGAAUCAAACAUGAAGACACUGAUGCACAAAGAGAUCUGAAGGAGCACAGUGAAGAGGAGGAGAAACAUCAUGUCAAACCUGAAGAAAUCUCAUUGAGUUGCUCUCAGAGCAAAAGUAAAUUUCCAGACAGACAAACAGCCGCCAAAACGUUAAUUUGCUCUCAGUGUGGAAAACAGUUCCCAUGCAAACAAACACUUUCAGAUCACAUGAGAACUCACAGCAAAGAAAGUCCACACGUAUGUGAUGAGUGCGAGGAGAGUUUUACAUUAGAAGAAGAGCUUAAGGAUCACAGGAGAAAACACUGUGGGAACGCACAACACAUUUGCGAUCUGUGUGGGAAGAGUUUCUCAUUUAAAGUAAGUCUUAAGCGUCACAUGAGCAUUCAUAGAGGAGAGAAGUACACAUGCCUUCAAUGUGGGAAGAAUUUCACGUUAAUCGGACAGCUUAAAUAUCACAUGAAAAUGCACAGCGACGAGACGGCAUUCUCGUGUGAGGAGUGUGGGAAGAGUUUCAGACAUAAAGGAAAUCUUAAACGUCACAUGAAGAUCCACAGGGGAGACAAGCUAUACUCCUGUGCUCAAUGCGGGAAGAGCUUCUUAUAUAAAGCAAGUGUCAACCGGCACAUGUGCAUUCACAGCGGAGAGAAGCCGUACGCGUGUGAUCAAUGUGGAAAACGAUUCAGAGUAAAAGAAAACUUUAAUAACCACAUGAAAAUCCACAGCGGAGAGAAGCUGCACUUUUGUGAGCAGUGCGGGAAGAGUUUCAGGAUUAAAGCGUAUCUUAAACGUCACGUAAAGAUUCACACAGGAGACAGGCCGUACUCAUGUGUUCAGUGCGGGAAGAGUUUCUCGUAUAAAGUAAGUCUCAAACAUCACAUGAGCCUUCACAAUGAAGAAAAGCCAUAUGUGUGUGGUCAAUGCGGGAGGAGUUUCAGACUUAAUGGAAAUCUUAAACGCCACAUGAAGAUCCACAGAGAAGAUCAGAGAUUUGCAUUUAAAGUACAUAACAGAGAGAAGCCUCACAAAUGUAAAAAGUGCGGGAAGAGUUUCACAUAUAAAACAAGUUUUACCCAUCACAUGAGUGUUUGUAGUGGAGAGAACCUGCACAAGUGUGAACAAUGCGGAAAACGUUUCACAGUAAAAUCCACCCUUAUUGAUCACAUGAAAAUCCACAGUGGAGAGAAGCUGCACAGGUGUGCUCAAUGUGGGAAGAGUUUCACACAAAAAGGACACCUCACUUACCACAUGAAGAUCCACUCAGGAGAGAAGCCGCACACUUGUGAUCAGUGCGGGAGGAGUUUCAGACAUGCAAACCGGCUUAAAUCACAUCUACAUACUCAUUCUGGAGAAAGACCUUAUAACUGUGAUCAGUGCAGCAAGACAUUUGCUGGACCGGAAAACCUGAAGAUCCACCUGAAGGUUCAUGCUGAAAAGAAACAUCACGUGUGUUUGUGUGGAAAGAGCUUUUCAAGACUGGGAGCUUUAAAGGUACACCAGAAAAGACACAGAGAAGUGACUUGAUUAGUUAGUUAAUGAAUUGAAACUGCAGGAAUUUACACAAAAAAGUGUUCAUACACUGACUACGUUUACAUAGACACCAGUAAUCCAAUAAUUUGCCUUAAUCUGAAUGUCAAUAAUGUGAUUAAGGUGUUUACAUGAGUUACAUUCUAAGUGUUCCUUUUAUCAUAUUGUUUUAUAUCUUAAAGGCGAAUUACCGGUUUGUAAACAUUCAGGAUGUGUGCGCAAUGCGCAUAGAGGUUGCAGAAAAAAACGGGGAGGGAAUGACAUCUGAUAUGGUACAGAGAUUGUUUUUGUAUUAGAGAUAAGUUAUAUUGAUGACAUAUUAUAUAUUAUUUUCAUAAUGCUUUCAGCGUAUUAUAACAGCUCGUCACCCAGUGAUAAGCACAGUUAUUUGGCAAAAUUGAUGUUAAAGUGAGUGGCAUUUGUCUGACAGGUCCAUUUGCGAUAGCACCCUCCCAAUGGAUAUUGGCGGGGCGGACUGGCCAUAGGGAGCACCAGGACAUUUUCUGGUGGCCUGAUGGUCAAUCUGGCUUGCCACCGUGACUCUGGCCUGCCGCGCAACACCCAUAUAACACCCUGAAUAACAGUAACUUUUUCCAGGGUGAAAAUGCUGUCCCAGUCCACCCCUGGAUAUUGAAUAAGUCGAAAUGGUCAAGCAUCCAGCCCAAAAUAUACAACUAUCUCAUUGAAAGUCCAAAGGAUUUUACAAGAGAGAAGUUAUUAAAGGCCUACAAGUCUUUGGAGACCUACUAUUUUGUUCUGUGUAGUCAUGUGGACAAAAUAAUGUUCCAUGAUUACCAGAUUCAAAACUUUGCAGUGCUAGAAACCGAGGUUCUGCCGAGUCAAAGAGAAGUAAAGAAGAUAGAACUGUACAAGGCCUGGAUAAUCAUCAACAAGCACAACAAGUGCAUUCUGAUAGUGAACUGCACCUGUACGGCAGGGUAUGUGGACUUACAUUUUUACAUUUCAUUCUAACUAUUAAGUGUCUGCAGUUUAAUUUACUGUAUGUAACUGUUUUUGCUCAAAUCAUUGCUGCAAUCAAAAACGAGUAAUGUGUAUGAAUGAACGCUUCUUCAGAUAAUAAGACAAUGUACAAGUGGAAUCAUUAUGGAAAUAUAUAUUACUCCGCUUUUUUUUACAUUUGAACAAAAGCGUGUAGUCAGAAUUUGCCAGGGCUAUGAAUAAUUUCGACUCGCCCUUGGUUUGCAACUCGCCAUAAAACCAAGGUGCAAACUACGGGGGGUAAUUACCCCCCCUAGUUAACGCUCGAUCCCUCCUUAAGGAGGUCAAAACAACAUUUAUUGGGGGUCAGUCUUCUAAAUAGUGAGAAAUAGUUUGUUUUGAUCUGUAUCUUAUGAUAAUAUUAAUAAUUAAAGUAAUAGAUAAACACAUUUAGGGUGACAUGUUGGUGCAGUGGGUAGUGCUGUCACACCUUUUUAGUGCAAACACCUUUUGGCCAAAUCCAUUUUGAUGUCCUGUUGGUCAGAAUGGAUUAUGUGACAGGCUGUGUACUGAGCCCCAAAUAAAAAAAUGUUGAACACAAAAUUUGUUGGCAUUUGCAAUUAAAGUAAAUUUAAAUUAAUUAUAAAUGUGUGCUUGUUUGGUCAUAAUUUUUAUUUGAUAUGUGUUUGAACCUUAACAAUUAAGAAUGACAAUUAUUUUUAAAUUCUUCAGAUUUGUC